AUGGUGUUCACCAAUCCCACCAUCAACCCUCCCCGCCUCUCCUCAUCCGCCAAAGUGCGCGCCACAUUCCUCCAUUCCCGAUCCCCCUCCCGAUCCCCCACUCGAUCCAACGACCCAGUCCUCCGGGAUCUCUCGCCAACCAAAACCCUCCUGGCCUUCUCCUCCCACCCCGAAGACCCCCGCAACGAUGCUCUCACUAGGAGCAUUCACAACGCCUCACCAUCGCAAAGAGCAUUGGGAAUCAAGGUGGCUCGGGCUUGCGCCGAUCUGCGCUCAUGGACCACCGAGCUCGACAGCUGGCCCUGGCCCGGCACCUUCGACGUGCCCGAGCACAUUGGCAAGAAGCAACGCAUGUCCGACAUGACUAUUCUCUCCCGCUCAGACUCCGAUGACCGGCGGGAGGAUGAGUAUUGGGGUUGCCUGCCCGUGUCGCUGGUCGAGAGAUAUGAACUACGCAUUGACGAGGUCUGUACCGACUUCGACGCAAUCGACUUUGAGGAACUGAAGCAAUUCGUCCUCUCCGCCCAUAGUCGAGCUGGCAUCGGUGACGCCUCGAUUGACGACAGUAUCGGCGCUAUCGGCGCUGCCACCGAUCUUCAACGCCUGGACGACUUUACCGCCCUGAUGACCGCUACCAUCCUGCGAGCACUCCCCUAUCUACCUAAACUGACGCGCUUGCUGGACACCUGGACCAUCCGCCUGUCUGUGCUCCGCUCGACGCCGAAGUACUUACGCGACCUGAAAAAGGCGAGAACCGACCUCAAUCACGGAUGGGCUGCUUUGGCCGUCUCAGACAAUCAGGCCUCCAAUGCCAAUUUGUCUCCCGAGAGUCUGGAAGAUAUGAAGGGCGUCAUCUCUACGCAAGUUUACAGCCUCGGCAAACGAUUGGAUGGGUAUUUGGAUGUACUGGAAGGCCGGCCCGAGGUCGUGCCGGACGCCUGGAUCGAUGACUUUGAGGAUCUGGAGCACGAGUAUGGCGACUGGGUGGUCAAGGCGGAGCGGCGGAUGCUGGAGAAUGAAUGGAAGAGCAUGAGGGAGCAAGUCAGAGAGACUGUGCUCGGGCUUGUGAAGGAGGAUGAGAGGAAUCGGAAAGCGACCAACGAGCCGAAGCCCGACCUGCGGGAGGAGACCCUGCCUUUGGAGCCUGAAUUCGACACGCAGACCUUGAUGAGCCCAACGGUGACAACUCGCUCCGAUAUUGACCUUGCUGGGGCAUACCGCGCGACUCAUACCCUCCGUCCCAACGAUGCCCCCAACUCGUCAACAAUGAAAACCUUGGUGUCGAACCCCACGCACUACGUGGAAGCAACGCCACGCACAUCGAAAGACAGCACUUCCAGUCAGGCACGUUAUAUGCCCAUUCUUGUCGACUACACCCGUUCGGACCAGCCCACGGAGCUUCGCGAUCCUGUGACAGGCCAGCCUCAGCCGCUCUCGCGCAGCACCUCAGUAACAGCAACUCAAACCGCAACGACGACGUCCACCGUGAAGCAACGUGCAGCCUUCCUGAAUGGCGACAUCGAGAAGGACCAAUCUCUGAUCAAGAGCAAGAGCGCUCCCAUUGUGCGGCCAUUCGAACACGCUAGCAACGCAUUCACUCGGCUAUUCAAAAAGGAAGCAAAAGACUUGGAACUCGAUCGCAAGCGUCAAGCCGAAAACGAUCGUAGCCCGGCUGCAAAGGCCGAUCGUGCUGGAUCAAUCGUCUCGGGAAGCAGCAAGUCCGGCUCGGCCAAAUAUUCAACAGCGAGCAAAGAUCAGCGAAUGGAGUACAUGGACAUGGUACGCGCGCCCUCUGAAAGCCGGCCCAGACCCAGGGCUCCAGAGCGAGGCAGGGACAAGACGUCGAAGAAGAAUGUUGGAAAAAUGGCUUACGGCGACCUUGUGAUGGCUAUGCCACCAGCGGCAAUGUCCAUGCCAGCAGCGGCGAUUGCCAAAGACAUUGCACCGGCAAGAAAGAGUGAAGACCUUAAGAAGGCAUCAUCGAGCGUGGAUCGCAGCAGAAGAUCGAGGUCGCCUCCCAAUCUGCCUCGUAAUGAAGAUUCGGGGAAAUUGGUUGCGAUGGAUUUGGUUGGGCCAUCGCUCGCACGGAGGUCGGAGGAAGUCCGACCGGUAGGACGCCCUGAGAUCUCUGGUGUCGCCGAAACGGGCGAGUCGAACAGGCCCAUGCAGCGCUCAUCGGACGAUGUGAGACGUUCAAAGAUUUCAGCUGCCAGUCCACUGAUGAAUUUUACGAACCGAGAUUUGACAGCGCUUCCCAGAGAGCAACAGAGAGAAGCGCAUUCGAGUGCUGUACUCGAACAGGUGACAUCGGGGAUUUACCAACCAGGAAGGCGAUCAGUAGCAUCGAUGAAGGAGAAGAACGUUCCAGAGAUCUACAAACCAACUGGGUUGGCCGCCCCACUCCCGGCGGUCCGGGAUCAGUUCCCUACUGAUUGGCCGCUGUCCUCACCGGCGAGUGAGGCUGAGGGGCUAUCGGACAAUGACUAUUUCAUCGGUCAUUCUGAACCAAGGCCUGCCUGGACGCAGAGAGCCCAGUCGGCCGAUCGUUCGCUCGUGACUAAUGAUUUCGAGGAAUUCUUUGUUCGCUCGUUGCCCGACCGGUCCGGCGUGCAACGCGAUCAUACUUUAUCGAAGAAGGUUGUAGAGCGGGAUUUUGGAGAUAUCACAAGGCCGAGCAGCGCGCCAGGAUUUCGACCUCGUGAAUACAAAGUCAUCACGGAAAGCACUGUGUCGGAGAGUUCCAAAGGUGGAUUUCGCCGUCCUCGGCCAGUCUCCAUGGUUGCAGAGGAAGACCUCUCAGACGACGGUGGAAUCCUGCCCGCUGAAUCUUCAAACAACGCUGCCGGCUAUUUUGGCCAUCAAGGAUUGACCCGACGUUCGAAGAGCGCUGAGCCUGCGAGUCCGAAGUUGCCUGCGCUUACUGUUCCGAGCGCAGAAGCGGUGGAAGCGGCGUCGCGCCCCGUGAGACCUGGCCUUGAUGAAGACGGAGUCAUCCGGCGUGCGUCCACGGCUUCAAUCGAGGCCUACCCGCGCGACAGAGUGCAGAGUAUCGAGAUUCCACGGCGUAGUGUGGAUGCGUUAAGCUUGCCGCAGACCCCAGAAGGCAUCAAAGCGGGAGAACCUAUUCGCCCCGUUCGAAUAGUCAGACCACAGACUCCGAAAGCUCGUGAAGCAAGAGAAGCCAUGUCGGAGAACCCCAUGGAUUUCAACGGAGUGAUGGAGUUUCCGUCUCCACCAAGCGUGCCCAACAGAGCAUCAAGUCUGCGGCGAAACAGUGCCUCAUCUGCAAAGUCAAGCACACCUUCCAACCGAAUGUCCGUCUCUUCUCAAGACGCCGGGCCAUUGAAUUCGCUGGUCUCCAAACAACGACAAAUCCCGGUCCCCGUGCGAGCUCCGAUCGGGACCGCACCCAGCUCACAGACCACGACGCCUGCAUCGCACGUGAGCCUGGGCCACGAUCAUUUUGAUCGCCAUGUGAGCCAAGUGCUGGAUAGGGUCCAAGCACCGAUCAAGUUCAAGUCGCGAGCAGGGGCCGUGACGCCCGUGGCCAAACAGAGCAUGGAGCAGCGACUGCGAGCAAAGGCGGAGAGACAAGGCAAGAAUAUGACGCUUGCGCCUGCCGACAUCACGCCCAAGAAAGCGUCGCCCGCCGACCCCGAAGUUAAGUUGUACCACUUGACGCAGGUUGGCCGGGCGGAGCCCAUCAAGUUAUACGUGCGGCUGGUGGGAGAAGAGAAUGGGCGGGUAAUGGUCAGAGUUGGCGGCGGCUGGGCGGAUCUGGCCGACUACUUGAGGCAGUACGCCGAACAUCACGGCAGCCGCACGAUUUCUGAAGGCGCUUUGGAGUUGCAAAAAGCAGAGGCAGCGAGCACCUCCAGCACUCCUGGUUCCGGCAAGCGCAACUUUAGUGGGCCUGCGUACCCGCCGGAGUCCUCGAAGGCUGCCGCUGCUCGGUCUCCUGUCACUCCGGUCACUAGCAAGGUCACCACUACCACGACGACCACGACCACGACCAAGCCGUCUCGCGCAGGCUUGAGCACGCACACGACUGUUGCGUGGGACACCAGCCGGAGCAAGCCUCGACUCUGGAUCGGAGGCGACACCGACGAGGAGGAUGGAGACGAUCAGCUCUCCUCUCCGCAAGACUCAUCUGCUCCAGGAUCUACGAAGAGUAUCUCACGACCGUCCACUGCCACGGCUGCUCUGGAGAACAGUCGACUGGGCGCUGCUUUCGACCCUGGCAACUCUCCUGGCCUUGACGGCACAACAAGGGCGGAACUGCCAGAACAAAAGGCAAAGUGGGUGGAGGGCAUGAUUGAGAAGGCGAUGAAGAGUGCUAGCGUUGGGGAUAAGGGCGAGAAGGCUGGAGAGGACCAUGAAAAGUAUUUUGGUCAGAUGGGUAAGGUGGGCGCCACAAGACGGGUGGUGUUUCGACAGAGUUCGGGGACGGAGGCCGGGAAGUAA